UGAAGCGGUUGCGCUGUCUCGAAAGAGUGCCCGCGAUCAUAUCGGAAGCAUGUUAACGAGAUAAACGACUUCAUGGAUUUUGGGUCCAUAUUAUUUCAGCUUCACAGGCUAUUAACAUUAAUGAACUAAUAAAUGACAUAAUUCGUUUUGCAGCCGUUUUGCGGUUAGUGCUCGAUUUAACGCCGCCGAAAAGAUCGAAUCUCCAGUGACCUCAGUCAGCCUGGGUCUGGGUAGUGCCUGUGCCUGACAUGGAACUCAUUUGGGAUUUUGUUGCAAUGCCGUUUAGAACAAAUUGUUACUCGCACUUCGAAGAAAUGGAUUAUUGUGAGUUCCAAAGGAUAUUCGACCCUGCAGGAUGUGCGGUUGGUUCAAAUUCAAACGGACAAUUAAAGGAUCGGAAUCAUGUGAACGCGCGUGAAAGGUACCGGACGCAGAGUGUGAAUUCCGCAUUCAAUACGCUACGCGAUUUGAUCCCAACUGAACCUCAGAAUCGAAAAUUGUCUAAGAUAGAAAUAUUACGACUCGCUCGAAGUUACAUAAAACAUUUGGAUGCAGUUGUGUCAACAGGUAACAUUCGGCAGCCAUGCAUGACAAUAUAUGAUCCGAAUUCGUCACCGGUUCCAACGCCAUGUUCAGAAUCGACCCGGCCCCUCAUUUGCACAUUCUGUAUUGCUUCAAAGUACAACUAGAAAAAAUUCUUUUUUAUUAUCCUUUCUCUAUGCAUAAGUUAUUUAAAUGAUUCCAUUCUAUACAAUAAAAAUAAGC